AUGUAUGAUGAUGAUGAUGAGGAUGAUGGGUUGAAGUUGGAAUUCGAACCCUCGGGCGAUUACACUUUUUGUCCCAGCAAUGCCGUUCUCCAACUAGUCUUCUUUGACGCGGACUCCCGGCCCCUCUUUGUGACCGCUACCUCGGGCAUACUGUCUGUCGACGAGUUUGACGACAUCAUGUGCGCCCGCCGCGCUUACCUCUACCUCCCUCCUUCCCGAUCGUUGCCGCCGCCACCGUCAGCUGCCUUUGGCGCCGAAUCGCCCGACUGGCAAGACGCUGUGCCCAGUGACAGUGACGAACCCUGGUUCUGA